GGUGAAGUGUGUCAUUUCAUUAUUUUAAAAGGCUAUUCGAAGUUAUUUAUCACUAAGCUGAUAACAUUUGGAUACACAUGGAUUCAUACACAACAGAAAAAACAUUCACGUGGGAAGACUGUGGUGUUGAUUUGUCUCGGAAAUCAGAAAUAAAGCAUCACCUGAUAAGACAUACAGAAGAGGAGACUUACACGUGUGAGAUUUGUGAUGCUGUUUUUUCACAAACAAGUAAUUUACUUACCCAUAUGGUAACACACACAAAACAGAAGCCCUACAAGUGCAAGAUAUGUGAUGCUACUUUUGCACGGAAGUGGAAUUUAAAAGCACAUAUCAGAAUCCACACAGGAGAAAAGCCAUACAAGUGUGUGUUUUGUGAUGCUGCUUUUUGUCAGAAAGGGGAAUUACAAAGACAUAUAAGAAAACACACAGGAGAGAAGCCUUACCAAUGUGGGUUUUGUGAAGCUGCUUUCUCUCAUCGAAGAACUUUACUACAGCAUAUACGAAUACAUAAAGGAGAGAAGCCAUACAAGUGUGAGAUAUGUGAUGCUGCUUUCACCCAGACGAGUGGGUUACAGUCACAUUUAAGAAAACACACAGGAGAGAAGCCAUACAAGUGUGAGUUAUGUGAUGCUGCUUUCUGUCAGAAAGGGGAAUUACAAACACAUAUAAGAAAACACACAGGAGAGAAACCAUACGAAUGUGGAAUAUGUGAAACUGCUUUCUCUCAUCGAAGUACUUUACUUGAACAUAUAAGAAUACACAAAGGGGAAAAGCCAUACAAGUGUGAGAUAUGUGAUGCUGCUUUCACCCAGAGAAAUGGGUUACAGUCACAUUUAAGAAUACACACUGGAGAGAAGCCAUUCAAAUGUGAGUUUUGUGAUGCUGCUUUCUCACAGAAAGGUGGGUUACAGACACAUUUAAGAGUACACACUGGAGAGAAGCCAUACAGGUGUGUGUUAUGCGAUGCUGCUUUCUCCCAGAACGGUGGGUUACAGGUACAUAUUAGAAAACACACGGGCGAAAAGCCAUACAAGUGUGAGUUAUGUGAUGCUGCUUUCACACAGAAAGGUGAUUUACAAAAACACAUGGUUACCCACACAACAGAGAAGCCAUAUAAGUGUGGGAUAUGUGAUGCUGACUUUUCUCGGAAAAAUCAGUUACAAACACAUAUGAUAUUACACACAAGAAGCCAUGCAAGUAAGAACGAAUCCGAUACAGAUUAUUUAAUGUCAAGUAUGUAAGGUAUGUGGGACUAAAUUGUCUCUGAAAUGCUAAUGCAUACAGGAACGAAGAAAAUUUGGAUAUACAUGUCUUGCUGAUACUUAUGCAACUGAUGAAAAUUACACACGAUAAUGCAUACAGAAGGGAAGCCAUGCAUGUUUGAAUCUGUGAUGCUUGUUCCUCUUAAUAAGGUAUUUUACAGAAACAUAUACAUUUAAGAUGCCUCAUACAUGUAUGACCUAUGUGAUGUUGCUUCCUUAGAGAAAGUUUGUUUCCGGAAACAUUAAGAAUACACACAGUAGAUAUUAUAUUUCAAUGUAAAAGAUGAUUUUUUCUAAGUAAACUACGACGUCAUAUCUGAGGUUUCUCUGAAAUGCCAACAUUUACUAAGUCAAACCCAGGGCAUAUGCGCAGGAGAUCGUGAUAUAUAUUUGUGUGAUUCAUAAUAUUGUUAUUCAAGUUUAUUCCUAACUGUAACUCUGGUUCUUGUAAAUGUUUCAUCGUUUCAUACUUACAUAUAUAUGCGUCUUAACAAACUAAAAUAUAAUGUUUUAGCAGUUUAAUUGACCCAAGCGUUAUAUGCUUUACCAUUGCUAAACAUGUGCUGCUGUUUGAAUUAGCCCGAACAAUUUUACUUCUAGUGAUAUCUACAUGUAUAUUGAAAUAUGUGUUUUCUGUUAUAUAUAAUAUUUGAAAUGAAAUUAAAACUGUAACUACGGUUCUUUUAUAUGUUUUAUCGUUUCUAAUCGUAUUAUGUAAUUGACUUUUUCUUGUAAAAUGCAUUUUAAACGUUUCGUUGGAAAUUGCGCGAACUACAUGUACAUAUAGAUUCAGGCAUUUGCCACUUUAUGUAAAAAAAAUAAUAUUUUUGAUAUAUCCAUCUUGUGUAUUUCUAGUUGGAGUUUUAACUCUUUAUUUCACCCGGAACAUUAUAGAGGUUGAAUAUAUGUUUUAAUCUUGUCAGACAAAUAUCAAUAAUACCAUAUUUAUGUAGAUUAACAUAUGAGUGAUCCCAUUUUAGUCUUUGUAGACUAUGUCAUAUCUGAACAUUUAUUCAAAUGAAUCAUUUUUAGCUCGACUAUUUGAAGAAUAAGGAGGGCUAUACUACACGCCCAAGCGUCGGCGUCAGUGUCGGCAUCGGUGUCGGCGCCGGCGGCCGGUUAAAGCUUUCGGGUUACUUGUGAUUUUCACAUCAGUCUAAUACCCUUCAUUCAAUUAACUUAUUAUUUCACACAGUUGUUCAGGGUCGUUAUUACAUAUUAUCCUAAGGUACUUUAUACAAUUUAUGGCUCCUGAUUGACUUAGGAACUUGAAUGAAGUUUUGGGGCAGAUUACCGUUAGGAUUUUUAUUAAUUAAUAUCUUCUUUUCCCUUAUUCAAAUUCAAUUGACAAGGCUAUAUACCUCGAUAGUAUCAUUAAUACAAGCUUAUUUACUUAGGAAUUUAGGUUAAAGUUUAAGGGCAAGUUUGGAUUAUAAUUAGGAAAAUCUAUACCAUUCAUUCAAAUGAUUAAACUCUUCGCAUUAUAAAUGACGACCACCAUAUAAUGAUUUUAGGUUAAUGUGCACGGCGUCGCCGGGCCCUUGAGUGAUAAUUGGCCCGUGACGCAUAAUGGCCCGAGACGAAGUCCAUGGACAUUAUGAUCACAAGGGUCAAUUUUCACUCAACGGCCCGCCUACGCCGUGUAUUAACCCAUUUAAUACAUAUGUUUGUUUUACUUUUUUUGAAAGUUUGAAGUUUGCUUUUAAAAGUUUACCUGCAAUCCAGUUGUGCAUUCUCAUUUCGCCCUGGCUUGACUUCGACGAGUUUACGCACUCUCAAAUUAAAUUUACUUUUAUUAUUUAAUUUUGUGUGGCGAAACAGGCGAAUAACAUUUUUUUUGGUCAUUUUUAUGUUCCCAUUCCAGUUUCAAUUGAUCAUAUUGAAAAUCUACAACACGUCUAUCCGAUUUUUUCUGUACGAAUCACUGACAGCUGUCUGUUCAUGUCCUGAAUAACUGAAUUCAAUUCAUUUAACAUGAACACUUAGCAAGUUGAACGACUUUUUUGUACUUAAAUAAAUCAAUACUUUGUAUUAUUGAUGUCAACAUAUAUGAACAUUUGCUGUUUUUGAAGUAAAUUAAAUUUUGCCAUUUCCUUUGUUUUGUUUUUGAAUGUCAACGAAGAAUAAAAAACGACGCCCUAAAGGUCCACACUGGCUAUCAAACCCUAGCAUAUCUUUCAAAAAUACGUUGGCGUUUGCGUCCCUUUAUUGGCGCCGCACUGAAGUGCGCGCCUAUUAUGGAAUGGGAAUUUAUUUUAGU